AUGUCGACAGUAGCAGCAAGUGUCAAGGUCGCUGCAGUUCAAGCGGCUCCCGUCGCCUUCGAUCUCCCUGCCUCAAUACAAAAAGUCAGACACUUCACAAAGGCGGCGGCGCAGGAAUCCGCCGAUCUCGUCGUCUUCCCCGAGGGGUUCCUCAGCGCAUACCCGUGGCGUUACGCCUUCGAUGCGACAAUAGGAGCACGAGAGCCUCGAGGUCGCCAAUGGUUCGCCAAAUACUACCAGUCGGCCGUGGCGAUUCCGUCACCAGAAUUUGAGGAACUACGGAGCAUUGCAAGAGACUACAACGUGUUUCUGUCGGUAGGGAUCAUCGAGAAAGAAAGAGGGACCUUGUAUUGCACAUCAAUCCUCCUCUCGAGAACGGGUGACGUGCUGUCCUCUCACCGAAAGCUCAUCCCAACGGCGGCGGAACGGCUCGUGUGGGGGAGAGGAGCAGGCGAUGGACUCCAGGUGGUGGACACGGAAAUUGGCCGCGUCGGCGGCCUCAUCUGCUGGGAGAACUAUAUGCCCGCGGCGAGACUGUCUCUGUACCAACAGGGCAUCGAGAUCUACAUCGCCCCGAACGCCGACGACCUGCCCUCGUGGGUGGCGUCGAUGCAGCACAUCGCCAAAGAGGGACGCUGUUUCGUGAUCUCGUGCAACCAGUUCUGCAAGGUGGCCGAUUUUCCGUCUGACUAUCCACCUUUCUCGCCGGGACACCACGACAGACAGGCCGACGGGUCUCCUUGGACCCCAGACGCCGUGCUCAGCCACGGCGGCUCGUGCAUCGUCGGGCCCCUGGGGACGUUUGUCACGGAACCGGUCUGGGACCGCGAAGAGAUCGUCUAUGCACAACUGAACCGGGACGAUCUGCUCCAGGCUCGAAUGGACUUUGAUCCAGUCGGGAGCUAUGCCAGACCAGACAUCUUCACGCUAACCGUCAACAGAAAGCCGGGGGACAAUGUAGUCUUUACUGACUGA